UAAAGUCUAAUCGCGCCUGUUGAUACAGUGAAUAUAGUGACCAGCAGUAGUUUGCCUUUCUUCCGUGCAUUUAAUCAUUUAAAAAUACGUUCCGUUUUACAUUUCGCUCCAGUUUCGCUAGCAUUUGCCUUCACGAAAUGCAUUAAGAUGCAACGUUUCCCCGGGGGAGCGGACAAACGCAUACCGUUUCGUUGCCGUUUGUUUACAAACUUCUACGGCUUGCGUCCAUUUGCUCGGGCCAGUUCGAAGCCCCGGAGGCCUGUUUAUUGAUGAUCUCGCAAACCUCCAAGGGCCGGCCGUAGACGGCGUAAUGUGCAAAUGUGUCCGUUUGUUAGGUGAAAACGUUAAACCAAAUAACGCGCCCGAUUGUGUUUGCAAUAAGUGUACAGUUUAUGGCUGACAGAGAGGAGAAUGAUCAGGGCAGGCCGGGUCGAGUGUGAUGGAUGAUGUUCGCAUCAGUUGCAAGUGUACCGUGGAGUUUCGUGCAGUUUCGAAGGAGUUUUCCAACUCGCGCUGACGGACGAGAGUACGCACACAACACAUUUCAAUUUAAUUUGAGGCUGUUUUUUUUGCUGAAAAUUGUAGCGAAUCUGCACGCACGUUUCUGUGGCUUGUGUGCCAGCGGAAGUUUGGCGCCCGGCAAUGUUCCGUCUAGCUGUGUCUGUGUGUGGCCCUGCCAGUGUCUAACGAUUUGCAACGAUCAUGUCUAGUGUCUAGUGUGUGUCCAAUCGCCGUAAUUUAGUGUCGAGUGUCAAGUGUUUAUUUAUGAAUCCCACACGCACACACACAUGAACCCGUUGGCCCUUUUUAGCGCCAGUGUGCAUCCGGAAAGCGUCACGAAUCGAUUCGCUCCCUGCAGCGUCCUUCCCCCCCAUUUCCUCUGUGUACCGCAGGAAGGGUGGCCCCAAUUUACAAAGACACAACGCACCGGUUCCGAGGAAAAGUUAAACGGUUGCCCCGCAGUAAACAUCCCACUGUUGCCAGUGUACACACACACACACUUUCGCAGGGCAAAUUCAAACAAAAGCACCCGUACAUGGCACGAGUUCAGUUUACCGCGGUAGCCACACCGGUUCCCGUGUAUGCCCCCAGCCCCACAGCGGUGCAUUGUCAUCGCUGGAGAUAAGAUAAAUAGAAGCAGAUAAUCAGAAUCAACAGGUCGGGAGGAAAGGAACGGGCGCGGGUAGAUGCGGGCGUAGUAAAAGACCGGCCUUCGCAAAAGCCAGCUGAGCCGAGCCGAACCGGUACUUCGUGCGAUGCGUGACCACCGUGAGUGACCGGGAGCGUUCAUUCGCUGUUCUGGGGAACUCACGGCAUGAACGUACCCCGUUGUGUGUGUGUGAAUCAGGACGAAUCAGAACAGAAGAGGAAUUCUUGAUUGUCGUGGGAGGAGAUGGGGGUGGGGGGGGUUGUGUCACCUGCCAAACCAUUGCUUCUCAAGCACCCACAAGCCCUACGAAACGAUCGAUCGUACCUACGCCUUUCCCCCCGGUGCCGAGUGCCUCCGUUAUCAUGCCGGCAAGCUUGCAAGACGUUGAAUGGGAUGACUCUCAGCUGGAAGUUUGUAGUGGCAGCGGCGACAGCACCACGUUCAGUACUCGUCGGGACGUCAAUCGCAUCGGAUCUCGGUGGUGUACUCGGUGCGCGCGUGCUUGCGUGUGUGUGUGUGGUAUUGUGCGUGCGUGUGUGUGUGCUGACGAAAUUGCGGCCCUUCCUGCGCCCUAGGGGGUUCUCGGGCCGUGCACGAUUGUGCACGCGCUUGCCGCGCCACGCCACAGAGCGAGACGUGCACUCGACGCGUGUACGCGAAGGUUAGGAAAGGUCCCGUCCGGUGUGUGUUUUUCCUCCCGAAAAGUGUGUGUGUGUGUGUGUUUUAUUGUGUUUUUGGUUUGGUUCCCUGUUUUUUUUUUGUUAAAGUGAUUCCGAUUUGCCGGCAGCGUGAGCAUGAUACGCACGUUGUGGCCGAUGUCGACUAAACGUGACAAAACACGGGAGUUUUUGGGGAGCGCAGCGAGAAGAAUUAACAAAGCCGUACCGUGUGGACUACGGCAGCUUCGUGGAGGCGCCUGGUGCCUCACGUAGAGUGAGCCCGUUUUUUUCUGGAAGUAAAGUAGCCUCCGGGAACUCCGGGCUGUAGGUUGAAAGCAAGGGAAUGAGAUGCUGGGUUGGUGGGUUGCGGUCAAGAUGUGGGUUGUUAACUUUGUUAACGGUAAGGCUGGACAUGGCACCGGGUAUACGCGGAGACUGAGUGCGGGAACGGAAGCAUUGUCUGUGAAAUGGGCAUGAGAUAUGGGCAGGAAGCAGGAAGGUAGAAGUACAGCGUGGAAGUACCUCUCCCUUUCCCUCUGUCUCUUCUGUUCUGUAGAUCGUGUAGCGUAGUGCUCGGUUGCGUUUAAAUUAUUCAAAAGGAUAAUAAUCGUUAGAUGAAGAGAAAGCUUUCGGCGUUGACAAAGUGUAGUUCCAAGAGGGGGAGGGUUAGUUGUUUGCUGGUAGGACCUGU